AUUUUGAAUUCAGUAACGAAUCGAACGACAAGCGAGCAACAUGGCAGAGGUACAGCAGGUGAACAUACAGUGCGAGUGCCCCCACCAUCAUGGACCGCUCUUUCUGCUCAAGCCCUGGGCUUGGGGUCGUCCGUGUCGUCGCUGCCAGCGCAUGAUGGAGCGCAAUGUGGUCGUCGUGCCCACCCAGGGUUCAGCUGCCGUCUCAGUGACUCCCGCCCUCACGAAUCGAUCAUCCCCUGUUGUGGUCUCCACAACGACGACACAGACAGUACCAGGGCUACAGGUGCAGCAAGUGCAACAGGUGCAGCAGGUGGUCACCACACAGCAAACAUUGUCACCCGCAUAUAAUGAAACAUUGGUUAUUAGCUGAGUCAAGGAAGUGAAG